AUGCAGAACACAACGAACUCCUUCAAGAGUCGAGUGGAAGGGUUCGUAGCACCUAGGCUGACAGGGUACAUCGCCAUACAUUUGGUGUUGCGCGCGAAAACGAUCGAGAUGGUAAAGUGCUUUCUGAUCCUUGUUGGCUGGAUCGAAGCAUCCGCCGAGCUGGACCCUAAAAAGGAUGAAAGGGAACGUGAUCAAAUGGAAAGAUAUGAUCACCCGGAGCAAGCAGCUCCACCUGUCAAAUACUCGAAACGCUACCACGGGACAGGCUCAGGUUCAAGCUCUGUACAGGAACAAAAGAAAAUAUCGUUGAUCGUAUGGGCAUGUGUUGCGUUCCGCAAAGAGCUGCAGAGAUAUCUUAAAAUAAACAGGCAUCCAAGCGAACCCGGUAUUGGCGAUGGUUUCACAACUCUGUCCUAG